UUUUAUUUUUUAGUCCAAUUUUCGUCUGCAUUUAAUUCCUGCAGUUUGUAUUUUAACUACAUUAAAUUUAUAGAAGUAUGAUUUAUACAUCGAUGACUUAUAACCAUAAAAAGUUCCUUAAUUUUUUUGAUUGAUUAGUUAUUUCCUGUUUUCCUUUUGAAAAAAGAAUAAAUAGUAUUAAUAUUUGAUGAUAGUUUUUGUUUUUAUUAAGUAUUAUUAAAUGCCUUUUUAUAAACUUCUACUGUUUUUAUACUAAAUAUGAUGUCAGCAGGAUAUAGAGAUUUAUUUUGAUUGUUUGAUUUCUCCUACGAUAUUGCUGAACCAUCCGUUAUAAUUAGAGCGUGACGCUGAUUUCUAAAAUGAGUUGCUUCAAGCAGUCCAUAAUUCCCAGAUUACAAAAAUACAUUCCUAUUUUACAAUGGCUGCCAAAGUACACUUUAAGUGAUCUAAAAGGUGAUCUUAUUGCCGGAUUUACAGUUGGUUUAACUGUUGUUCCACAAGGCCUGGCAUUAGCUCAACUUGCUAAUUUACCUCCACAAUAUGGAUUGUAUACUGCUUUUAUGGGCAGUUUUAUGUAUGCCAUUUUUGGUACCUGCAAGGACCUAGUAAUAGGACCUACAUCAGUCAUGGCAAUUAUGACUGCCGAAUAUGCUCAAAUGGGUGGUCCAAUUUAUGCUGCCCUGCUCACCUUCCUCUGUGGCUGUUUUCAACUUUUAUUAGGAAUUUUCAAUCUAGGUUUUUUAAUGAAUUUUAUAUCUACUCCUGUUUUAAAUGGAUUUAUCUCAGCUGCUGCAAUUAUAUCAGCAACCAUGCAAGUAAAAGGCCUGUUUGGUUUGAAAUUCGAUUCGCACGGUUUUCUUAGUACAGUUUACAAUAUAUUUCUAAAUAUUCCUCAUACAAAUUUAUAUGAUUUGGCUAUGGGAUCUUUAUCUAUAUUUUCGCUUCUUCUUCUCAGGAAAUUUAAGGAUCAGAAGUUUAAUUGCUGCAAUUAUUUGAAAGGUUCUAUAGCAUUAGAAGGUUUAUGGUGGUGUAUUGCAACAGCCCGUAAUGCUUUACUUGUUAUUGUUUGUUCACUUGUGGCGUCACUUUGUUUGUCGCUUGGUUAUGAUGUCUUCUCCCUUACCAAACGUGUUGAUGCUGGUAUGCCAACUUUUCAGUUGCCCCAGUUUUCCCUUCAUCAAUUUGACCCUGUAGAGAAUUUAACAAUUAGCAAAAGUCCUCUUGAAGUAUUUAAGGACCUUGGCUCUGGUGCUAUAGUUAUUCCAUUUAUAUCUCUUUUAGAAGCCAUUGCUAUAGCUAAAACAUUUACUAGAGGUGAGAAAUUACACGCCAGUAGAGAAAUGAUUGCUUUAGGUAUGGGAAAUCUUAUGGGAUCUUUUGUUUCAUCAUAUCCAGUAACUGGAAGUUUUUCAAGAUCUGUGAUAAAUAAUGCCAGUGGUGUAAAGACACCAUUAGGUGGAAUUGUAUCCGGUAUAUUUGUGUUAUUAGCAUUAUGUGUGAUUGCUCCACUAUUUCACUAUAUUCCAAAGUCUUGUCUUUCUGCAAUAAUAUUUUCUGCUGUGAUAUUUAUGGUUCAUCUUGAAGAUAUACCAGCCAUUUGGAAAGCCAAUAGAGUGGAAAUCAUUCCAUUUUUUGUGACAUUCAUUCUCUCAUUUGCACUUGGAUUGGAGUAUGGACUUCUGUUUGGGACUGCUGUUUCUUUGAGUAUUUUGCUGUGGAAGCAGAACAAAUUAAAUAUACAAGUUUCUGUAGAGUGUGGAAAUGACCAAACCAUUAUUCAUGUGACUCCAGAAAGUAGCCUUUAUUUCCCUUCAUCUGAUAAUUUAAAAGGAACUAUUUCUAAAAUUCUUUAUCGUCAACCUGUAAUUUCUAAUUGUACAGUUGUUAUUCACGCUGAUCAUGUUAAGGAACUUGAUUACAGCACAACACUUGGUGUGAAAAAUAUGAUUAAGAGUUUUGAGAAAGAUAAUUGUCAAGUUGUUUUUCAAAUUACUAAACCUUCUUUCUUUAAAGCAUUGAGCUCUUUGGAAGAGACAGUUUAUGUGUGUAAAAAUGAGACAGAGUUGCAGAAUUGUCUAACAUUUCCAAAUAAGGAUAAUAGUAUAGAAAUUUGUUCAGAAAAUACUGAAGUUUUUGAGAGCUCUAGUGCUGAUGCAUUGUUAUCAAGAAAUACUCAUUCUGGUAAAGCAAAUGUGACAAUCAUAAAAAAUACAUCUAAUGGAAUUAUAGAAAAGAAAAAACAAGAAUCCAAUGACACAUAAAAUUAUUUUUAUGCAUUAAUACAUUUCCACUGUCUCAUUCCGGAUGUUAAUUUAUUCAGUAUUUUUUUUUCCCAUUUCUAAUAAGGAUAUUUUAGUUUAAAUUAAUAUUUUAAUAAAACCCUGCCAAGUGCUAUUCAUUUUAAAGUAUGAAACUUCUAGUGUUAUUCAUUUCAAGCAUAAAAUAUAAAACUGACAUACAAGACUUAACUGUACCUAUUGUUCUCACUUUCUUACAUAAUGGCAUUUUAUCCGUUUGAUGCAGAAUUUUUAUUGAACAUGUUUUUUUUUUAAUUAAAUUAUUUUGUAUUAAAUAAAUUAUUUUGUAUUAAUUGAAAUCAAAAUAAGUGGAAAAUG